AUGACAUCCCCAGACAUCGAUGAAAAACUAAAUCUUCUACAUCGAGAAAUGGCUUCGCUUCGGGUGGAAUGUGAUCGACUUUUGAAUAAACAUCUGAUUGUCGAGCACACACUUACACAGGUUAUUUUAUGGGCUCUAGAUUUUUUGACAUAGAUUUUCAACUUUCUUCUGAGUCAGUCAUUUUCAGCUUGAAAAGUGUAGUGUUCCUAGAAAAAUUUAGAUUUUUGGGAUUAUUUUUCCGUCGUUUCAAUUUUUCUCUCAAAAACGAAGAUGAACACAAUCUUCUAAUUUUUAUUACUAUAAUAAAAACUUCAACAGUUGCCGAAAAAAAAAAGAUGUUCGAUCAGAUAAAAAUAAAACCUAGACAAUUACCUUCAUUAUAGAGUUGUUCUGGCUGCGGUGCUGCUGACACAUCAUCCGCGUAUAACACAGGAGGAGAGAGUUGUCGAAGUGUUUCGGUAACUCCAGAUGCUGCAUUUCUCCCAACUCAACCAUCACCUCGAGCUUUGCAUCGAACAUUGAAAAUCGCAAGUCCAGCGGCUUCUCGAAAACCACCGAUACAAAUUCCACGUGCUCCGCCUACAGUAAUUCUUCCACAUGAAGUCGCGCCAAGACCAAUUCAUAGAACUGCACAGCCACAAUCUUCAACUAGCACAAUUGUAUUUAGGCCUCCAAGUUCGGUUUUUGGAGCAUUGAAAGGAUCAACAAUUCAUAAAUUAGCGAUUUCGAAUAAAAUGUCAAAAAGUGUAUUGAAAAAUGGGGGAGAACAGAAAAAUGGAGGGAAUUUGAAUGCGGAAGAAUGUGCUAAACGAUUUCGAAUUCCAUCAUAUUCAGUGGUUUUGAAGGCUGAAAAUAAUCAUAAAAGAGCAUCGUUUAUGGGACCAAUUACACAGUUAGUUUCUUGAAUUCUUUUGAAUAAUUCAAUUUUUUCUUGGCAAACUUUUCAACUUAAUUUUGCAGAUAUUUCCGAUCGAAAAGCAAACGAGCUCCAACUUCGACUGCAGUUUUAGGUGGUGAUGAGUUGGAAGAAGUUGUUGAUGAGGAAAAAAUGGCAGCCAAGACGGAUUUGCAGGAUACAACUGUGCAUUAUAAAUGGAAGGUUAGACAAUUUUUAAGAUCGCCAGAGGAUUUUAAUCUCAAUCGGAAAAAAAGUUAUGACGUGGAAAACUUUUUUUUGUUUUUUUUUUGGGUUUCGGAAAAAAACAAUAUAAAUUGCACAGAGUGUAAUUUACUACCCGAAAAAAUUCGCGCAUUUUUUGAGACCUGACACGAUCUUAGGGGCGGGACUAAAAUCGACGAAAUUCAACGCAAAAAUGAUAGAUUUAGAGAAAAAUGAUUUUUGAUCUACCAAAAAAUUAAUGAAAAUUUUGAGGUCUAGCGAUUUGAGGUAGUAAAUUACACCCUGUGAUUGGCACAGUGAACCAAAAUUAGCUUGCUAUUUUUUCACCUUCCAACUAAAAACAUUGUAAACCUCUCUCUUCCAGGUCAAACUUCGUUGCGAUGGUUCACGAUACAUUGUGAAACGACCGAUUCGAAGUCAGAUUCUGAAGAAACGCGAAGCCCAAUUAUAUCGAGAAAGAGCACCGAUUUCAACGGAUGAUGAUGCGAUGAGUGAAUUGAAAUUGGGCAGAUUUCAUACAAAAGAUGAGAGAAAACGAAUUUUGGAGAGAGAAAAGAUGAAGAAAAUGCUGAAAUUACAGCAGAAAAUGAGUGAAAAGGGACAUCCAUCGGAGCAGGUGAGCUAAAUCCUUUUUCUAAAAAUUGAUUUUUACGCCAAACUUUAAUCUGAACAAAACAAUUUGAGAAAAAAAAAAUUAGCCAGGAAAUUAUAGGUUUCAAAAAAUUUAUAUAUUUCUUCAUGGGUUUUGGAAAAUGUUUAGAUCGGUAUUUUUUCUCACUAUUUUUGAUUAAAAAGCUAUGCCAAAAUGUUUCCGAAAAAAAUUAAAUUUUUGAACAUUUCAUAAAUCUUUCAAUUAAUUCUCAAAAAUCCGAAAAUUUUUGCAGGUAAUCCUCCAAAUGUCGCAACAAAAAAUGGCUCAACAAAAAGACAACAUUCUCCAAGACGAAUUUGCAACAACUCGCGAAGUUUUAUCGGCUCGAACUCGACCGGAUGGAAUUCGCGGGGUUGUUUCGGUCACAACUGUUUGA